AUUGAUUGCUUUGUAUUUUUCAAAAGGGAACAAUGAGAAAGAUCCAAUGAAGAUGACUACAUACCACGGUAGGCUAAUCACCAUUUGCACAAAAUCAGUCACCCCUAACUCUUGCAAGAAUUUUCUCCAUUUUGAUUUUGCUCCAUUUAAGGAUUUGGAACUCGGAAUCAUUAAGAAGGGCAUAAUUGACAAUUUGAAGUUUGGGGUACAAGUUCCUGAAAGCUUCAAGACCAUGUUUACUAUCAACUCUAUCAAUUUGUUUACAAGGGGUAUAGAUAUUCAAGCCGUGAAUGUUGUAAUCAAUUUUGACUUUCCAAGGAACGCCGAGACGUGGGGAUGUUCGGGAAGGUUUGGACAUCUGGGGUUAGCUGUGAAUCUGAUAACUUAUGAAGAUCGGCUUAACUUGUAUAUGAUUGAACAAGAGCUUGGAACUGAGAUAAAAUAG